GCGACUUAAACAACGGACAACACACUUUACACACACACACACACACAAUGUCUGGUCGAGGACGUCGUCAACAUGUGGAACCAGCGCGCAUUCAAUACGGUGCCUGGGAUGAUCCACGCGUCUCGCUGUUUGCCACCGUGCCGCAGGAGCCGCUGGAUGAUAUGUUGGGACGCAUGAAGCGCUUGCCGGAAACAAAACGAAAACGUGAUAUGGAGGCGCUUGAUGCCUCGCCUUUGGUGCUGGCGACAUCGCCUUCGACGAAUCGCCUUUAUCGGGAGGUGAAAUAUCAGGUGCAGCAAAUAGCCGAUGAUCGCAAUCGUAACUAUCAUCCGAUACAGGAGCGAGAGCGUCAAUCGGCCAUGAUUGCCCAAACGAUGGCCGAGCAGAAUCGUCGUGAGUUCGCCGAGGCGAUGCGACGCCAGCAGUUGAACGUGAAUUCGCAGAGAUUGCGUGACCUGCAGACGGAGAUCGAUCGGGCGAAGACAACGUUGAGUGUGGUGAAGCGACGCAACGAGAACGUCAAGACAAUGGGCAACGAGCGGGAGCGGGAGCGCAAAGAAGCGCAAGCGGCACAGGAGAAGGUCCACAAGGAGAAGCUGGCCGAGCAGCAAGCUGUGCAGCGAAAGGCACGUGAUUACAGUCAACAGCUGGUGCAACAGAUACGCAAAAUACGAUCAGAACGGGAGGAGAAACAGUUUACGGAACGUGAGGAGGGCAGACAGAAGCGUCAGAAUGAUGAGUUGGCAUAUGCCGCCGAUUUGCGGCAGGAACUUGAAUGGCGUCACGCAAAGCGCAUUGAAUUGAAGCGCAUGCUCGAUGAGUACUCGACGUUGAAUCGCAAUUUACGCGACAGGAAACCCGCAGAAGCCCACAAACUGGAUGUCAUUGUGCUGGAGGCCAUGGGACCGGUGACUGCCAGCUUUUUGCAUCAAGAGAUGCAGCGACGUGCCGAUAGCAUUGAGCGGCGUCGCCUGAUUAGCGACGAUCUGGGACAGCAGCUGUAUGAGAAGCACAACCAACAGGUUGCCCAUGAGAAUAUGAUUGCCGACAUACUUGUGUGUGAGCGAAAGGCACGCGAGAAGAAGCGUGCCCAUCAGGAGGUGCAGAAGCGUCACGAACGGAAGCAACAAGUUGCCAUCGAUCUGAUCAAUCAGUGCAAGGAGCAUCGUUUCUAUGCCGAAAAGGAUGCCAAACUCGGCCAAAUCACACGCGAUGCGACCAGUUUCAUGGAGCGACAGUAUCAACAGGCUGCCGAUCGAGAGGCUGCCAGUCGUGCCAUAAAUAAGGCCAGCUACGACGCCAUUGCCAGCGACAUGGUGUCCAAUAUGCGACUGCGUGCCGCCGCUGUUGAGGAGGAGCGCAUGAUCAUGAAGGCGCUGCAGGACAUGGAGCUGGAGAUGGAGCGACGUGUCGAUGAGGAGCGAAUGCGUGUGCUGCACGCCCAGGCCAGGGACAUCAUCGAAGAGGUGCGUCCCUGCAAGUUGUCGCAUGCGGAGCGUCAGACAUUUGGUUUGCCCGCUUGCAGCUUGCAUGACGAUGACAAGCACAACACUCACACGACUUAAGCGAACAUUUUAAUUUACCAUUUGUUGAUCCAUCUAAUUUCGUGCACAGAGAUGCUGUUCAGACUCGACAAAAAUAUAUUUGUUUACGCA